AUGGCUCGCACCAAGCAGACGGCUCGCAAGUCCACCGGCGGCAAGGCGCCCCGUAAGCAGCUGGCCACCAAGGCGGCCCGCAAGAGCGCGCCGGCCACGGGCGGCGUGAAGAAGCCGCACCGCUACCGGCCGGGCACCGUGGCGCUGCGCGAGAUCCGGCGCUACCAGAAGUCCACCGAGCUGCUGAUCCGCAAGCUGCCGUUCCAGCGUUCUCACAGCCGGGCUGGGCGGGGCGCGCAGAUGACCCCAGUCCCUGACGGGAACUGGCGCCCCGACCGACCCGACCCGAGCCGAGCCCCGCAGGGCGAAGGGCAGGCCGCAGGGCGGGGGCCACCGCCUCCGCCGCUCGCGGAGCGAGUGACCGCUGCCCACCCCGACCUUGGAGUGCGCGCUACGGGGCUCGGCGUCCUGGCAGCCUACUUCUUCUUGGAUGCCGCCUUCUUGGGCUUGGCAACCUUGGGCUUGGCGGCCUUGGGCUUCACAGCCUUGGCCGCGGGCUUGGCAGCCUUCUUGGGCUUGGCAGCCUUGGCCUUCUUGGGGCUCUUGGCUACUUUCUUGGCCACAGCCCCUGCCGGCUUCUUCGCCUUCUUCGGGGUCUUCUUGGCGCUCUUCUUCGGGGUGGCCGCCCCCGCAGGCUUCUUGGCCUUCUUGGCCGCCCCCGCGGGCUUCUUGGGCUUGGCCGCGCCCGCCUUCUUGGCCUUGGGCUUGGCGUCGCCGGAGACCGCCUUCUUGUUGAGCUUGAAGGAGCCCGAGGCGCCGCCCGCGGCCGCCAGCGCCUUCUUGAGCGCGGCCAGGGACACGCCGCUGCGCUCCUUGGAGGCGGCGACAGCCUUGGUGAUGAGCUCGGACACCGGGGGCCCGGACGCCUUGCGGCGCGCCCCGGCGGGCUUCUUGGCCGCCUUCUUCUUCACCGGGGUCUUCUCCGCGGGGGGCGCGGCGGCGGGAGCGGCGGGAGCGGUCUCCGACAUGUCGAAGGUCUGGACUCGGGUGCAAGUGGCGAAGCGCCGAUGGGCUGCGCGGGCCGGGCGCCGUAUAUAUAGAGCGCAGGCGCUCGCUGAUUGGUGCUCGGCUCGCCCGCCUGGCUGGCAGGCUCGCAGCCGCCGCGGUGCGCCCAAGUUGUGUUUGUUCCACUUCACAAAAGGGGCAAAAAAGGAAAAUGCCCCGCACGAAAUCACCCGCGUUUGGUCGGGAAAGGAUCCGAGAAGCCUCAGGCUUCGUGUUCUCCGUUUUUUCCCCCUGCAGCUGCAAAGACAAAGCGCCCAGGCGCCCCCAAUUCCCCCAACUCCCGGGGAAGGACGCUCCCGACUAGCGGUCCCAGCCAGGGAAAUGGGCCCGCGAGCGCAGCCCGCGCUGCUGCUGCUGAUUCUCCUGCGGACUUUGGCCGCCCAGGGCCGGUCGCCACGUGAGUCCGGGGGCCGCCGGCGGGAAGGGGGCGGCGGGAGGAAACGCCAAAACGGGCUUCUUUUUAUCUUCAGCAUUUGGGAGUUCGUUAAAUUCCUGGUCACAGCUCAGCGCCGUGCACAGUGCCAUCUUCCAACUGCCCGGGAAAGGGACUCAGGCCACUGGGGUGCAAGAUGGGUCAGACCCAAACAGGAAGUUCUUCUGACCAUGGGCGACCUUGGCCUCAAGGCGCUAGGUGUUUCCACACCAGGCAGUGGAGGGUUGGAAGACGCUGGUUUAGAGAAUUCGCCACGGGAUUGGGGAUCACACUGUCUGCGAUACCUCUUCAUGGGUGCCUCCGAGGGGGGCCUGGGGCUGUCCCUCUUUGAGGCCUUGGGCUACGUGGACGACCAGUUGUUCGUGGCCUAUAAUCACGAGACUCGUCGCGCGGAGCCUCGUGCUGGGUGGAUCUCGGGCGCGGCCACCAGCCAGCUGUGGCUGCAGCUGAGUCAGAGCCUGAAAGGGUGGGACCACAUGUUCAGCGUUGACUUCUGGACCAUCAUGGACAACCACAACUACAGCAAGGCAACAAAGCCAGGGGUGUUGCCAGAGCCCCACACGCUGCAGGUGGCCCUGGGCUGUGAAGUACAGGAGGACAACAGCACCAGGGGCUUCUGGAAGUAUGGGUACGAUGGGCUGGACCAUCUCGAAUUCUGCCCCGAGACGCUGGACUGGAAAGCAGUGGAGCCCACAGCCCAGGUCACCAAGCUGGAAUGGGAAAAUAUUAAGAUUCGGGCCAAGCAGAACAGAGCCUACCUCGAGAGGGACUGCCCGGAGCAGCUGCGGCGCUUACUGGAGCUGGGGAGAGGGGUUCUGGACCAGACAGUGCCUCCUCUGGUGAAAGUGACCCGCCACAAAGCUUCCACAGGGACCACGCUGCGGUGUCAGGCUCUGAACUUCUACCCCCAGAACAUCACCAUGGUGUGGUGGAAGGACAAACAACCGCUGGACACCAAGGAUGCCACUCCUAAGGACCUGCUGCCCAGUGGGGAUGGGACCUUCCGGGGCUGGGUGGCUUUGACUGUGCCCCCUGGGGAAGAGCAGAGAUAUUCCUGCCGUGUGGAGCACCCAGGCCUGGGUCAGCCCCUCAUUGCCAGCUGGGAGUCCUUGCUGCCCGACACCCUGCUCGUUGGCGUCAUCAGUGGGACUGCUAUUUGUGUCAUCAUCUUUAUUGGGAUUUUGGUCCGAAUCUUAAGGAAAAGGCAGACUUCCACUUUCACAAAUUCUACAGUCAACUAUAUUUGCAAAAUUGAAGACUACAUUUUAAAAUUUGUAUCUUUCGUGCCUGGCAAGACAUCCUACAACAAAGCAAGGUCCGCAGUAGUGCUAUUUAAAUGGCUGCGUCGCGUUUUGCGAGUCACGGAAAAGACAGUCAUGUCUGGUCGCGGUAAAGGCGGAAAGGGUCUCGGCAAGGGAGGCGCCAAGCGCCACCGCAAGGUGCUGCGCGACAACAUCCAGGGCAUCACCAAGCCCGCCAUCCGCCGCCUGGCCCGGCGCGGCGGCGUCAAGCGCAUCUCAGGGCUCAUCUACGAGGAGACGCGCGGGGUGCUCAAGGUCUUCCUGGAGAACGUGAUCCGCGACGCCGUCACCUACACCGAGCACGCCAAGCGCAAGACGGUCACGGCCAUGGACGUGGUCUACGCGCUCAAGCGCCAGGGCCGCACGCUCUACGGCUUCGGCGGCUGA